AGGAGGAGGCUAAGUUAUGAGUUUCCAAGUUACGCGAUGGAUAAUAAAGCAAUUCAGGAUUUGCAAAGGGAUAGUGAGGUUGUUGAUGAGGAGGGUGAGCAAUCACAUUAUUCCUCAGAUGAGGUUCAUGCUUACAGCGUGGAUGAGGCUGUUGGUGCUAGUAAUUUAGAUAUGGAAGCUGAUAAUGGAGCUAAGCUUUCAGACCUGGUCAUUAGUGAUAAUACAGAGGAAGAAUCAACCUAUGAUCUCAGCAAGGAGUCUGCAUUUCAAGGCAUUUUGGAGGAAGGUGGUAGCAGUAUUGAUGGCAGAAUCUUGGAUGAGGGACAUCAAGAUGAUAUCGCGGCUGUACCGACUUCAAGCAAUAAUACCACACCAGCUAGUACCGAGAGUGGAACUCUGGUUUCUGAUGUUUUGGAUGGUGAUGCAUCGUUGGAUGACAGUAUCCAUGAGGGCCCAGCGAGUCCAAGCAGUAGCGAUGAGGGAACUAGUGGGUAUUUAGCAGGCAGUGGGAGCAGUUCCGCCAGUAUUUGUAGUGCAAGUGGAGCGGAUGAGAGUGUUGACGGAGUACUGAUUCAGGAGUCCAACCGACCGGCGAGGCGAACUUGGGUUCCUGGAAAGCGUCAUCCAGAAGAGGAUGAUACGUCUCUCUCUUGGCGAAAACACAAAAAGCAUUUCUUUAUCCUUAGCUAUGCAGGAAAACCGAUAUAUUCCAGAUAUGGGGAUGAGCACAAACUCGCAGGUUUCUCAGCGACAUUACAAGCUAUCAUGUCUUUUGUUGAAAAUAGUGGAGACACAGUUCGGUUUGUAAAAGCCGGUGAUCAUCAGAUAGUCUUUUUGGUAAAGGGCCCACUGUACCUGGUCGCAAUUAGUGCCACUGAAGAGCCUGAACAGGUUAUUAGGUGGCAGCUAGAGCUGCUACAUGCACAGCUCGUUUUGAUUUUGACCAUGGGAGUGGAGAAAUGCUUUGUGAAAAAUUCAAAGUUUGAUAUGCGCCCCCUGCUUGGUGGAACGGAUAUGGUUUUUUCUCAUCUUAUUCAUGGAUUCAGCUGGAAUCCAGCCACUUUCUUACGUGCGUACACUUGCCUUCCUCUUCCUCAUGUUAUUCGGCAAUCGACUGGUGCUGCCCUACAAGACAUGCCUAAUUCCGGUGCUCUGUUUUCUAUUUUAAUGAGUGGUUCUAAGGUCAUUAACUUGAUGAGUCCUCGUAAAAGCUCACUUUCUCCAGACGACAUCCUUCUCCUCUGCAACUACGUUUCCUCCUCUGACUCCUUCAGGUCAGCGGAGUCUUUUUUUCCCGUUUGUCUACCAGGAUACAAUCCAACAGCAUUCCUUUACGCAUAUGUGCAGUACCUAAAUGAUGACACAUGCCUGUUUCUCCUGACUGCCGAUCCAGAUGGAUUUUUCCAGCUUAAGGAGUACAGAGGACGAAUUGAAACCCUUCUGCGUGAGACCAAUGUGCUAGCUGAGGUCACGAAUGCAGUGCGGCUAGGAGGCCUACGUGUAGAGCAAUUGCCACAGCCAAAGGCCUCGACUUCUUCGCAGGAUUCAAAAACAAGUUCAAUUUUUGGCUCCGAUAGCGACCAUGAAUUACAUGGUUCAGCCGGAGUUACCAGGCAGGGUGUUGCAGGAACUGGAGGGCCUGCAGGGCUUUGGCAUUUUAUUUAUAGAAGUAGCUUCUUGGAUCAGUUCGUGGCUUCAGAAUUUUCUCCUCCACUGCACAUCCCAAGUGCUCAGAAAAGACUAUAUAGGGCAUAUCAAAAGUCAUAUUCGUCAAUGCAUGGUGAUGGAGCAGGCGGACCAUACAAAAUGCAAUAUCGUCGCAAUGAACACCACGUUUUGUUGUCGUGGAGAACAUCUGACUUUGAGCUCUAUGCAGCUUUUGAUCCGUUAGCAGAUAAGAGCUCAGCUGUGGCGGUGUGCAAUCGUGUUUGCCAAUGGCUACGAGGUUUGGAAAGUGAAAUCUUCUUGCUGGGAGCAACUCCUUUCAGUUGGUAAUAUUCUAUUGCAGGCCUGUAUAUUUCACUGGUGGACUUUUUAGAUACAAUUUUAUACUAUUAUUUUUUUCCAGUACAUGCAGAAUUUAUUGCUUACUGAGGAUAAGAUUCUGUUUAUGAUAUAAGUCAGUGUACCACUCAGUAUUAUUCGAGUUAUUUAUUUAUUUAUUUAUUUAUUUUUUUGUGUUCGAUAUGUUCA